AUGAAGAAGGGAGUGGUUAUUUUAGUUCUCUUAAGUAUUGGAUUAGUUUAUGGAUAUAUUUUACCUUUGGGUGGUUUGGAGCUUGAUCUAUUAAGGGAAACAACAAAUGAGAAUGAAAAUAUAAAAGAAUCACGAGUAAAAAUUACAACGCCUGAACCGGGUCAUACAAAGGAAUUACCCAACAACAGAUCUAAUAUUGACGAGAAUGCCUUAUACGAACAUGCUGCUGUGAAACAAAAUAAUCAAAGUGAAAGAGCGUUUAUAUAUAUCAAUCAAAAGUACAGGAAGCCGAGUCUUCAUCAGUACUUCCGAUUAGCACAAAAUGGACCAGAGUUUUCGCGAAGUUUUCACUUGCCUCCGCCUUUACCUCAAGCUUUUAUACGACGUCGUAAUGAACCCUAUUUUAUAGAGCUUUUGAAACCACCUCUAUUAAGACCUUCAGAUAGAGUAAAUGUUAAGGUUAAAUAUGACGGUAUUUCUGGCCCAAGAUUCUCUCCUCACAACUACAAAAAUAUUCCUUAUCACCCACCGAUUAGAAAUGAACAUAAUUCUAAAGCAAACAUUUUAGUAGACGAACGAAAAAGCGAUACGAGGAAAAAAUAUGGCUUCAGCUCGUAUGUGCUACAUCCUGCUUUCCAAAGUACUGGAAUCAUACAGAAAGUCGAAGAACCUGGCUUUGAAGGAGAACUAAUACUUGAUGAGAAACCCUCACGUUUUCACGAAAAACCCCAAUAUGAGGAUAAACUAUUGGACCAAUAUUUAAGAGACGCUUUGGGAGAACAGGUAACAAGUAAAGAAAAAGAAAUAGUUAAAAAUGACUGUAGUUAUCCUGACUGUGUAUUACAAUCUACAAAACAUUCUUCUAGCAUUACACAUCAAAAAGACACCAAUACGAAUGAAUGUAAAUGUGGACAACGUCUAAAAUUAAAAGCAAAAGAUUUUUUUUUAUCAAAAAACAAACCAGACAGAAGAGAAAAGCAUUUAAAUAAAACAAAUAACACACUAAUAAGGCCACCAUCAGAUUUAGCCUAUUUUAAGGAAAUGAUGUCUCAGACCUCAAAUACAAAAACCCAAGAUGAUGGGUUAGCUUUUAACACUAUCAUCAGAGUGAACAGUACGUUAUAUCAUUAA